ACAGUGUCAUGGACGCGAUAUGCAUCGGCACCACCAUCGGCACCACCGCAUACAUCCAGGCAAGACGAUGUAGCGCAAUAUCUGUGUUGAACGGUUUUUGAUCCCUUCAUCAUGGAGAACAGUAUCCAUUCUUCAUCCGGUUUGCGAUCCUCUGCUCUGUGCUGCCAACGACGUCCACUUGUUGCUCACGUGUGUAGUGCUGCUGAGCGGGUUGUCACAUUCGGACAUACAUCGGCGAGUACCGUAAAAGCCCGUAAUAAGUAUGUCAAUGCACUUGCCAGCACUGCAACCCCUGUAUCUGCCUCUGGGCUAGGCAGUUGACCAUUGGCAUUGAUUGCACGGCCAGCAGCACCUCGGUGUCAAGACAUUGCAGAUGCAGUGAACUGACGGUGGCCAAGAACUCGAAAGCCCUUCUCUGAUAGACCCAUAACCCAUUGCUGAAGAGAUCUUUUACUCCAUCUCGCCCGACCUGGAGCGCCACUUUUUUGAAGGUCGGCUCCCUGACUAGUUCGAAGGUAGUAGCUUCCAGCUCGAAGGACAACAGAAUGCUGUAGCGAGGAAGCAAGUGGCGCUCUGGGAGAAGAAAGCGGAGAUGGCCAAAGACCCGUCACUUCCUCCGGAGGUGAAGAAGUUCCUUGUUGACCGUGCGGACAAGUGUUUGUGUAUGCUGGCUGAAAGAAGAGAUACACUUGCCGUGGCAUCAUCGUCGUUCGGCACUAUCGAGCCGGCUGCGUGUCUGGCCGAGUUAUGGAAGCUGUGCUGUCAGUAUGUCGGUGCUGGGCAUUCGGAUGUGAUCCUGCGUGCUGCUCGGAUGUGCGACACUCUGCAGAGCGAAGAUGGGCUUGUUCGUGUUCUAAGUCACUUCUGUGAGGAGAAACAGUGUGGCACUUCUGAGCGGACAUUGAAGGUUCCCAUCAUGUCACCUCUUAUGGCAAGGGAAAGAUGCCAGCAGUACCCGCGUCCAUUGUGGUGCUUCUUGCUGCUCAAGCACUUCCUUAUCAUCAAGAAGAAGGGCAUAGAUGUUAGCAAUCAAAUCGGUGCUUUGCCAGCUAUCGACUCGAGCGACUGGAGCUGGAUUGCUCCUGCGGUUUCUUCUCCUGCCAGCGCCCCGGCCACACAUCCUGCUGCUGCCAGCAUCUCGACGGCCAUGCUGCCUGCUCUAUCAGGCAUGGGUAUGCCACCAGCUAGCGGGGGUAUGCCACCAGCUAGCGGGGGUAUGCCACCAGCUAGCGGGGGUAUGCCACCAGCUAGCGGGGGUAUGGCACCAGCUAGCGGGGGUAUGCCACCAGCUAGCGGGGGUAUGCCACCAGCUAGCGGUGGUAUGCCACCAGCUAGCGGGGGUAUGCCGCCAGCUAGCGGGGGUAUGCCACCUGCUAGCGGGGGUAUGCCACCAGCUAGCGGGGGUAUGCCACCAGCUAGCGGGGGUAUGCCACCAGCUAGCGGGGGUAUGUGGUAGACCCACCACUCAGUAUUGCUUACUAUAUUGAAUUGAGUGAUUGUGGGAAAGAUAUUGGGUGGAUCCCAGGCUAUUACGCAACAAAGGAAGGAAUUGCUACUGUUAUUCAAGACUGGGACCGACACAAUUGUCAUCACACUUCUCUACUUGUUUCGGCUGCCACGUAUGCGGCAGUGCUUCUUUAGACAGCACACCCACUAGAGACUGCACAACUGUUACUGCAUAUCUAUCUAUUAUAAUGUAUGUAUGUAUGUGUGUGUGUGUGUGUGUGUGUGUGUGUGUAUGUGUGUGUGUGUGUGUGUGUGUGUGUGUGUGUGUGUGUGUGUGUGUGUGUGUGUGUGUGCGUGUGUGUGUGUGUGUGCGCGCGUGUGUGUGUGUGUGUGUGUGUGUGUGUGUGUGUGCGUGCGCCCGCACGUGUGUAUUUGCGUACUUCUUUGAAGUAUGUGAGAGAGACAUUAGAUGGUCUACCAUGAAAAUGAUAUUUCACCAUAAUUAUAAGCCUUUUUGGUAUUUUCUUGUCCUCUUGCCGCAAAGUGCUGUUUUCCUGUUCUUCCUACCCACUUCUUCCUACCUACUUCUUCCUACCCACUUCUUCCUACCCAUUUCUUCGGAAAGUUCCUAGUAGACUCUAGGACGUAGCAUUAGAUGUGUUCUCAUCACUGACUCCUGUCGUUAGUAUAGUCAGUAUUGAAUUGCUUUUAUUCCCAUAGCUAUGCAAAAUACGUUACCUUAGUAGCAUCUGGCCCUAGCCAGGGUGCACAGGGCUCUAUUUCAUAAUGUCUGUUUGUGUGUGUGUGUGUGUGUCGUACCUCGUAGGUCCGUCAUCACACGCGACAGGGCACAAAGGCUGGCGCAGGCAGCGCGCCAGGCCUGCCGCACGCGUCUAACCAUGACACGCGACAUAGCACCAGCUUGACUAGCUAGCUCAGCAAAUAAAAGCAUGCAUGAUAAACGAGCAUAGCGAAGGUUGCUGAGUUUGCUCUCUCGUCGCUUUUCGUCUUUACCCCCUCCCCCCCCCCCCCCCCUCUCUCUCGCCCCCACCAGUGCAGUAUCCUGGUUCUUCUAACACAUAGUGCUUCAUACUGGCCAUGCCCUCACCCUAACACUAGCUUACCAGUAUGCAGCUAUGGCUGGUAUACCCGCUAGAGAAGAACAAAGCAAAACUGAACAAUAUCAAACUUGGAAAGAAUGGACCAAAGAUUUAUGAGAAAUCUUCACAGUUGUAAACCUUUGGUCCUUUCGUUUUAGUUUCAAUCCUUGCUUCUCCAUCCGAGUUUAAUCUGAACAUGUGUUCGCCUUCCUCGUACGGUAGCUUGAACCGGUUUUGAAUUUAUCUUUUUAAUUAUGAAACGGUUUCACAACUAAUGCCACGUUACCUGCACCAGCGGCGUCGGAACCGGUGCGGCAGGUGCGGCCAAAGCCACACCAACAAUUUCAUCUCGUGCCUUGUGAAGCAAUGAAAUGAUAAUAAUAAUGGGCUAUUCGGACCAAUUUCCCUAAUAUUCUCCCAGGGGAGGAUCCCCGGACCCUGAACCUAUUCUUUAUUUCCA